GGUCACACUGCCUACCUACCAGAACACUCAUAUAUUAAGUGUAUAAUCUAUGUACUAUGCCUUACAGGCUUACACCAUAGAUUAUACACUUAAUAUAUUUAAGAGCUUACACCGUAAAGUGAUUGUAAUCAAAGGAUCGGAUUUUGAGUUAAUGUGAUAAAUUACUUCUAUUUGCUGUCAAGUCUAAUUCAUAUAAUUUUAAUCAAGUGUUCAUGACAUUCAAAAGUAUCAUUUCAGCACACAAAAUACAAAAAUAACGUCGAAACGGCAUCAUGAAGAAUAGAAGUUUGGCCGGUAAUUGUGGCAUUGGCGUUUUUGUUAUUGCCCUUGUCACAGUCGCCUUGGCUUUCGGCACACCGAGUUGGUUGGUUAGCGACUCUAGAAUAAGGAGUGCAAGAUUGGACAGGCUUGGAUUAUGGAACUACUGCUUCAGAUCACUGCCAGAUCCAUUAGAUCAGCACCAGAGACGGUUUUUCGUGGGUUGUCGUUGGGUCUAUGACCCGUUUACUACAGGGUAUGAUAAGAUUCGAGGCUAUUUGUUACCAGGAUUUAUGAUAGCAACUCAAUUCUUCUUCACACUGUGCCUCCUCGGAGUGUUAAUAAGUACCAUAUUGGUAUUGAUAUUCUUUCUUUGCUGUGGACCCGACCAAAGCAGAUUCAUCUUAUUGAUCAAAAGCAUUGGAUUCAUUAUGUUGGGAGCUGGAAUAAGUGGUGCAAUUGCUGUUAUAGUAUUUGCAUGUUUGGGUAACACCGAUGGGUGGAUGCCAGAUCAUCCCAACAACUAUUUAGGAUGGUCAUUCGGAUUGGGCGUGGUCGGCGCUAUAGCGUGUAUUGUUGCUUCCGCUUUGUUUUUGACCGAAGCUAAUAUCCAACAGAAACGCAUCGGCUCACACGAAACUGCAGGCCCGCGCUCCAAUAUAUAUUAAGUAAGUGCAACAUCAGAUACCAGUGCAUUGAAAAAAGAAAAAAAAUAAUAGGUUACCGUGUAAGUUAAAUAUUGAAGCACAGAUAUUUUAUAUUUACAUAUUAUAAUGUGUUCAUUUGUGCCAGUUCUAUAGAAUAGCGGCUACCUACUUACUGAUCUGUUUUUGACAGUUAUUUCUUGAAACUCCAAUGCUUUUAUUGAUAGGUAGGCGAUAUGAUAAUAUGUAUUGUAUUUUAAAUUCAAUUAUGUAUUUUGUAAAUGUAAUAAUGGCAUUUGAAUUUCAACGGUAACUGUAGGUAUCAUUCCGUUUAAUUUAAAAUAUUUCACAAGUAAUUUAAAUAACUUAGGUCGUCAGCGUAAAAUCGCUUUAAAUCUGUGUACAUUAAUAAUCAUACGUUUUUAGAUGUUUUUGGAUAUUUUUAAAUGUAUACAUAAAAUAGAUGUUACUUUUGUAAUACUUUUGCACAGGUAUUUGCGUUAUUUUAUCAUUUAAAUAACUCCCGAAAAAAUGAAAUUGAGGAAAUAAUUUCGUAUAAUCUCAUACCUUUAAACGAGCAAUUCUUGUAUAUUAAUAUAUAUAUAAUCUGAAUCUCGGAAACGGCUCCAACGAUUUUCAUAAAAUUUAGUGUACAGGGGAUUUCGGGGGCGAUAAAUCGAUCUAGCUACUAUUUAUUUACAGAAACUGUUGAUUUAUUCGUGUUUUCAAUAAUCAACUCUUCCCGACAUCUAUUGGCGAAUAAUAAUACUAUUUUUCUUAAUUGAAGGCAACUAACCGACUUAAAGACACAACAAGAUGGCGUUAUCAAAAAAACAUCAUCUAGUGUCUAUUAAAUGGGAACCUCCGGGUUAAACCAUAAUUUUUUAAUAUACUUUUAUAUUAGUGUUAAUAAAAUAUAAGAUAAUGCUAUUAAAAAAAAAAAAUGCACUGUUCGCCACAAAUAUUUUAAUAUUAUUGGUAAGUAAGUUUAAAGUGAAUCUCUAGAGCUUUUGUAUAUUGUUAUAAAUAAUUGCUCUUGCAAUAAAGUAACGCGAGCUUUAAACAUUUAAGCUUUUCACGAUACGCAAUCAUUGCAUUUAAGUACAUGUAAUAGUUUAUACACAAAAAAAAACUAUGUUGUAUCUCUAGAUAUCAUGCACUACAAAAUAUUAUUAACCAAAAAUAAAUACAGUCAAUCUACAGAACAUAUUGUAAAGCUGUGGUCAGAAGUUCACUAUCACUUUACUAUCACAUGGCAAAAGACUUCAGAAAUUCAAACAAUAACUAUAGAUUUUUAGUUAAUAAAUUUUAAUGGUGCAAACUCAUUGACUGACUAAGACUGUUUGAGCAUCCGUCCUUUUUUUCCCUUAUUUGUAAACGCUGAAAGAAUAUGAAUAAUAUACGUGUUUAUAUUCAAAAUAUAUUAAAAAUAAGUUCGAUAUUAGUUAGACUACUAGGGGAAACUACAUGUUAAAUAUAGGUAUUUGGUAUAUAUAUUUGGUGUUUUUUGUCAAAGUUAUAAUCUGCUAUUAUGUAUGCUAUGGUUCUCGUAUAACAGGAUUGACUUAAUACAAUCAUAAGGCUUGUACAAAUUUGAACCUGCUUUAUCUAAAAAUAUUGUUAUUGUUAUUUAAUAAUUUAAAUGACCAUUAGCAAAUUUGUGUAGAUUCUUUCCCCUUUAAGUGUAACUUCAUAUUCCAUGUAUUAGAUUUAAGGUUUAGAUAUCUUACUGGUUAAGGUUGAAUCGUUGAAGGGCCAAUGAAUUAUAACUAUACACCGUCCAUUAAUUUUUAGUAUAAUUAUUAGAUAUUAUUAUGAUGUUUAUAUAAAAACGGAACUUUUUUUCUUCAUACUGCUGCUAAAGUGGGUAUUUCCAGUUUUUAUGUAAAAUAUAUAUAUCGAAUAGGCUUAACACUUACUUUUUUAAAAGAAGAAAACAUUUAUUAGAACCUUGUUUUACAUAAUCACAACGUCAAUAAAUAAUAUAAUGAAUAAUACCUCAUGAUAAAGAUCUGUUAAAAAUAACAAAACUCCAGCAAAAUAAUUUGAGAGACUAACAAAAAUAUGUGAAAAGGUGUCAAAGAGUGAAGAUCUAACACUACCCAUUCUAUUUUUGUGGAAACAAAAUUUCCCGUAAUAUUUUUGUUAUAAAUAAUGAACUUAUGGUUUUGAAGAAUAAAUAAUAAAAUUUAGAAAAAAA